AUGUCAAAUCUACAAUUUACUGGUACCUUUUCUUCUGUAAGGCUGAAUGGUGAACUAGACGACCGAGAUCUAUUGAACGUUAACCUCAGCGAACCCGUGAGUAUAUUGAAUGUGAAACAUCGGCAACGUCUACUUGAGACUAAGUCCACUAAGGUGCCAUGUCCUAGUUUGCCCGACUAUAUUCGGUUUUCCAAAGAACACAAUCAUUACAAAUUACAGACGUUACUAGAAAUCUAUCUAAGGAAUAUGGAUACGCUAUCUUACGGUGACAAAUGUCGUAUUAUCUCUGUUUUGCUUGCCUAUCAGUGGUUCCACAAUGCUUCUGUCAUUAUAUCGCAGAUGAAUAUUUCAUUGGAUGAACUUUUGACGUAUAUCAACAGAUUACUUAGAUCACAGCCAGUUUUCAGAGGGUCGUCAUGGAUGAAGUUUCAAUUCUUGUUGGAAUUGCAUUUUGUUCUUUCGUUGAAGAACUCUUUCGUGAUAUCUCAAUUAGAUUUUCUACAAAUGCAUCAUGGCUACAAUCUGACUAAGUUGAAGUUUAUGAAUUCUUUGAUUCAGAGCACUGGGGAUCUUCCCUUCGAUACCAGAAGAAUGGACAAAGAGAUCCAAAGCUUCUAUGAAGUAUUCAACGACGGCGCUGUCGAUCUGGAUAUUCUGGGACUUCGUGCAUUCCUUUUGGUGGAUUUGAUCAAAGCUACCAAAUUCUUAGAGCCAUCUGACCAAGUUAAAGAUAUUUCAGAAUUGAUUGAAGGGUCCGAACUGUCUUCUCUUUUCCAGGAGAAUAAGCUGCCGAACUUUGUGGGCAGUUUCGGCAGGCACGUCAUCUCGUUGAAUGACUAUGAGAGGACCAGGUCGAUGCAAAUAGAUUGUGAAUCGAUUGCAAAAUUCAUUCAUCAGAGGAAAAAUAUGUUUAUAAAGACGAUUUAUGACGAUUUGUUGAAAAACAAGGAGUCGAGUCUUAGCGUUGUUGACUAUUUUAACUUAGUUCAAUGUGCUCCGAAUGCUGCAAGAACGUGGGAUCUUUACAAAUGCUACUCGCUAAGCAAAACUAGAGAGACUAUAGAUAGUUUUUAUACCCCAUUACUUAUCGGGUUCUUUGCUGAUAGAAUAUCCAACGAGAAUGUGUUCAUGGAUCAAGAGUUCUCCAAGUUUUCGCCUUUCAGAAAAUCUAUUGCAUUGACUUACGAGUUUAGAAAGUACGUCACUGAAGAUAAUGGCAAACAUUAUGAUCGAUUUGUGUAUUUUCUAGGCACGAUUAAGGAGAAAUAUGAACUUGAGCAAGUGAUCAGUCUAAUGGUGAAUCGCUUAUUCAUGAACAACAACGGCGAGCUAUCGUUGAGAAGCACCCUUAAGUUCAUGAAGAUGGUUAAUCGAGUCUCUAACUUAUCCAAGUUUCCCAACGAUCCUGUAGUGGCUAUUGUUGACUACAUAACUCUCAAUCAAUACAGUGCAGGAUUUUUCGAGGGAGAAGAGCCUGAACAGAGAUUACAGCGGCUAAUAAAGUACCUCUUAGUCUGUGAUAAGGUCAAAGCAAUCAAUUUCUUACCUAUUCUAUUGAACUGGACCCGAAGAUUUCAUACCGUGUCAGACCUUGACUUAGAUAACGUUGUAAAAUUCUUGUUUACGACUUACAACCAGUUGUUGAACGAAUCGGUACAGAAACAGCCACAACCCGGAGCUCGGAAUAAAGAAUACGUUUCGCAAGUUUAUUUAUCGAACAAGUUCUUAUUGAGACGAGUGGCCACAGAGUUGUUGAGAUGCGAUAAUAGGCUUUCAUCUUAUUUUCUUGACCAUAGGAUACAAUGUAUAUGCAAGAAAGACCCCAAAGAUUUUGAAGCUACCAUGAUACGAAGGACCACUGUGGAGUCCAUUAUUAUAGAGUUUCUGGUUAGAACAUUUCUUAGGACGAGGCCGCGCAUCGAGGCUGCCGACUGUAAUCUUGGUAUAGACUCAAGGAUUUUCUUCGAGAUUCAGGGUUUACUUGACUCCGCUACUUUGAGGAAGGUCUUUCCUGAAGACACAAAAGCGGAUGCUAAUGAUGAAAGCAGCACUAACGAUGAUCUACCCGUACUGGAACGAGAAGUUCAGGAUGCGAAGUUGAACACACUUAUAGAUGCCAUGCUAGAUUCCAAAGAAACACCCGGAGAAGCUCAUGAUUCGCUCGAUAUGGCUAACGGUGUUGAAUUUGAUGACGUUUACAAUACAUUGCUGAGCAAUGCUGCUGACUUAGCGCUUGAAAAAAUGGGUUCCAGGGUAUCAAGACUAGGCUUGUAUGAGAAGUCUGAGAUGAAAACGUACAAAAAGCACAAGCCACUUUCAGUGGAGGAGAAAUUGAGGCAGAUACGUCUUUAUUGUGCUAUUCGGCUUAAAUCACUUAUGAUUGAAGAACUUAUAUCUCAGGAGCCGGAAUUGGUGGAUCAUAUGGUCAGAGAUUAUUACCGGGAUUACCGAGGGGAUAUCCCAUUAGCAUUGAUUCAUUCUAUUAUGCUUGGGGUUUUGAAGUGUAAGAGGCUAGCAUUUGAAGAAAAGAUCGAGAAAUUCAAGAACUUAGAGAAACUUGGAGCGCUAAUAUUUGAUUCAAACAAGAGCACAAGCUUCCGAAGAUACGUGAGGUUCAAGGAGGUUCAUAUUGCAUUAAUUAACACUAUUAUAGACGAGUCAUCAAGAACCAAUAGUGGAUCUUUGGAUAUACUAAGUUGGGGAUUCAAAAAGUUCAUUAACACUCCCAAUGUGGGAAAGUACUCUCCAUGGAUGAAACGGUGGAUGAAGAGAUUGAAUUUGAUGAGAGAGCAGGGCUCUGGAUUUUGGAAUGACGGAAAUACAUCGCAUUCAUGGGAGGCAUAG